AUGCCUUAUCAUUUCGAUUUGCCUCGCGACGUUGUCGUUUCGUUAAUAUCAAACGAAACAUUGGAUGGUGGUAUUGUUGGUCCCGGUUUAAUUAAAUCUAUUUUAUUAAAUACAACUUCACAUUCAUAUCAUCAUACUUCAAAUCAUAAUCGAUUUAUUAAUUCAAUAUCAACGUUACCUGUAACAAUUACGACCAGUACAUUAUUAGCAAAUAUAACUAGUAAUUUACCCGAACCCUAUUAUUCAUUUCCAUUACUUGUACUUAUUGCUGCUGUUGGCAGUAUUACAUCGGUAUUAACUGUUCUAGGAAAUAUAUUAGUAAUGUUAGCAUUUUUCUUAGAUAGACAAAUACGUCAACCUACAAAUUAUUUUAUUUUAUCAUUAUCAGUUAGUGAUUUUCUUAUUGGUCUUUUAUCUAUGCCAUUUUUAACAUUAUAUAUUUAUAAUGGACGAUGGCCAUUAAAUGAAACAAUUUGUGAUAUAUGGUUAUCGUUAGAUUAUACUGUUUGUUUAACAUCAAUUUAUACGGUAUUAUUUAUUACUAUUGAUCGAUUUUGUUCAGUAAAAAUGCCAGCAAAAUAUAGAAAAUGGAGAACAUCAAAAAAAAUUAAUAUUAUGAUUAUUAUUACAUGGGCUGUGCCAACAUUUAUCUUUUUUUCAUCAACAAUGAUCUAUCCAAGAAUAAAAAAUAUCAAUAAUUUACAAAAUGGAGUAUGUAAGUAUCACACAUCACGUUAUUCUAUACGUUCAUUUUGUUUUUUUAAUAACAUAAAAAGCGCAGUGUUUAUAAUCAAUUUUUCUUUUCGUUUUUUUUUUUAUUUUUUACUAUUUCUAAUUAUAAAGACAAAUCUAAAAAUAAUAUAAAUAUAUCAGUAAAUUGAGCUAAUAGUUUUUGAAUUAUGUAGUCUUUCGUAUUAAAUUCAUGAGUAUUUAUAAAAAAAUAAAAAUAAUUAUAUAUAUCAUGAUAUUAAUAUGAAAUAAAACAGUUCAAUAAUUUUAAUAUAUUAUGCACGUAUAGAGUAUGAAUAUACAAACACAAGCCAAGCUAAAAUUAACUACUUAAAUAUAAGAAUACUUGUCUAGUUUUUUACUCUUUUCGUAUGUAUGAUUUACCGAUUGAAGAUACAUGAUUACUUAUCAUUUUCUUUGACCGUUUCAUACGAAAAAGUUAACGCAAUUUAAGCAAUUUAUUUGGCUUAUUAAUUUUCUCACAGAAACAAAUCAUUAUAGACUUAACAGAGAUGAGGGAAGAUCCGUUUUCUAUACCUUAGAUAGUCUACGAAUGAGAUGAAGUUUUAACAUAAAUAUUAAAAGAUGAUUCAUUUAAUACAAUAAAAGAUAAUUUGCUUAAACGAAGUAGCAUCUGUAGAUAGUACGAAAACUAAAUUCGAUAUUUUUCAUAGGAAUAAAUCUUGUUGAGUACGAGAAAACAGUGGAAAAAAAUGACAAAAUCUAAAUGAAAAAGAGAAAUGAAUAGAUAAAAAUACAUAAAUAUAGUACAUUCUAUAUAGCCGGAAUGAGUUGAUGAGAAGGAUGAUAUUAAGGCUUAAGAAUAUUAAAAUCGAAUUGCCCGUUUAAUAAAAUGGUACUCACGAAGUUUUGGUUAAUCUUUAAUUCGAUCUAUGCGAAAAGUAAUGACAGGUCGCGCUGUUAUCAGUAGCGCCACUAUUAUCACUUUGCGCAUAAAUCUUACUAGGGGUUAACCAAAACUUCGUGAGCACCAUUUUAUUAAACGGACAAUUCGAUUUUAAUACUCUCAAGCCUUAAUAUCAUCCUUCUCAUCAACUUAUUCUGACCAUGUGCGUUGAAGUCAAGUCUGUUUAAUACAUUUUAACCACUUCAGUUUUACAUAGGAUUAUCUACAUUCUCUAAACACUUUAGAGCUGUAUGAUUCAAAGAGAGUUUACUAAUCAGUAUAAAAAUUUGAGAUAUUUAAAUUCUGAGACAAACUCGAGCUUCCAGUUAUUAAUAAAAACGUCUAUAUUCGGCUUACGAGGGAACCCCUCGAUUAAACUCUUUUUGCUCGGAAUCUAGUAGGUUAUAGGUUAUCGACCAUGCUGAUUACGAAUACGGCCAUGGGGCUUCCCCAUAGCCCUUCGAAGACCUUUUUUUCUAGAAAAUCAGUUUUUCAAAAACUCUAAAAUAUAACCCAAACCUUUCUUAAUGAGGCAUGAUUGUAGCCCGCACAUUUCUGAUUAAAAUGAGACAUCUCCCAGCUUUGUAUGACCUUUCUUUG